UAUUAUCCAGGAUUUUUGGUGUGGUGGGUUUGACUUCUGGAUGCAGAUGUUGACUGAUCAACAGGCUUUGGUGGUGAUUCACGCGCGCUAUGUGUAAUCAAAUAGGUGACACGUUUCACUGCUGUGUGUUCAGUGAAUGGAAACAUAGAUUAACCCGAUACAUCAGGACACUUCUGUCUUAACGAACACAGUAGAAAUUCGCACCCACUUUUAGCACAUCUUUAUAAUUGCUGGACUAUUCGGUUUAGAUUUUCUCAUUCUAUAAAUCGUUAAUAUUAUUAUAAAUAAUACAAUGGGAACUCAGGUCACUGGAAGGAAGAGGAUUCCCAAUCGGGAGAAGGUAUCAGCAGAGGAUGAUGCUUUGAGCCAAAUAGCUCGGGAGGCGGAGGCAAGAUUGGCAGCCAAGCGGGCUGCUCGGGCAGAAGCUCGGGAGAUUCGCUUAAAGGAACUGGAGAGACAGCAGAAAGAGGAGGACAGUGAACGGUACUCACGCCACUCACGGAGACAUACCUCGAUCUCAGAUGAUGAGGAGAGGAUGUCUGUUGGAAGUCGUGGAAGUUUGAGGGUUGAAGAAAGGGCAGAUUUCCUGGAGAAGGGGUCAAGAACAGCAUCCACUCUCUCUGCUGCCACUUUGGCCUCAUUAGGAAGGGGAUUCUCUCGGAGGGGUAGCUGUGAUACCUCAAUAUCCGCUGACACAGAAGCCUCUAUACGAGACAUGAAGGACUCUUUGACUGAGGCUGAGGACAGAUAUCGGAGGGCUAUGGUGUCCAACGCUCAGCUGGACAACGAGAAGGCUAACCUGAUGUACCAGGCGGACACACUAAAAGACACACUGAUGGAGCUGGAGGAAGUGCUGUAUGAAACACGCAGGGAGUGUGAUGAGAAAAACAAGGAGUUGGAGCGAGAGCGACAUGCUCACAGUGUCUUGAGCUUUCAGUUUACUGAGGUGAAGGAAACAUUAAUGCAGAGUGAGGUGGUACUAAAGGAUGCACACCAGUUGCACAUGAAGCAGGAGAGCUACGUUAAAGAGAUCGCUGAUCUGAAGGAAACACUGGAAUGGAAGGAGAAAAAAAUUGGGGCCUUAGAGAGACAGAAGGAGUAUUCAGAUAUUGUGCAAGAUGAACGUGAUGAACUAAGGGAUGAGGUUUUCCGGCUCAGGAAUGCUCUAAAGAAACAUGGCAUUGCUCUUGAAUCAGAUGUAACAACGAAUGGUGAAACAAGCAACGUGAUUAAUGGACCUGAACACUCUAAAUCAGCUCAAGAGACACCUACUAGGUGUGGGGACAGCAAGUUGGAGAUCCGUAUGAGAAAGCUGGUUGAUGAAAGAGACAGUUUGCUUGAGCAGGUCAGAAAGCUUAAAUUAGUCGCUGACCAGAAGCAGAGGAAUGGCACACAUGAAGAUGUAAGCCCAGGUGACGAUGACCUUCAAAGCAAUAAAGACCCUCAUAUUCUCGACUUACAGAGAGAUGCUAACAGGCAAAUCAGUGACCUGAAAUUUAAACUGGUAAAGUCAGACCAAGAGGUUACAGCACUUGAGCAAAAUAUUAUUCGUCUAGAGAGUCAGGUGACUCGCUACAAAACAGCCUCUGAAGCAGCUGAAAAGGUGGAGGAUGAGCUGAAAGCGGAGAAACGUAAACUGCAAAGAGAGCUAAGAUCAGCUCUGGAUCGUAUUGAUGAAUUACAAAACAGCAACAGCCACCUUUCCAAGAGACUGGAAAAGAUGAAGGCCAAUCGCAGUGCCAUGCUUGCCCAGCAGUGAUACCCGACCAAGCUGCGCUGCCAACCUGAAAGCCGCUUUCCUUGACAUCUCUGUAGCAUCUGCACAUAUCAGCCCAUUUAUCCCGGAGUCUGUAACAUGCGACGCAUUCCAUUUUAACAAUAAUAAUGUCCUGCAGAUUUGUGAAGUCAAGUGGGAGCACACUCAGUGAAUCCAGUACAGUACCCCAAUAAAGACUAUUGAUGUUCCAUGUGAUGAAGUAGCAGGACUUUUUAAGCGCACUCUAAAUAAGCACUGGACAAACUGGACAAUCUUAAUGGCUUUUUACUAUCGGCUAUGCUGUAGCUUCCACAGUGUUCACGUAAAUGUACAGAAAUGCCUGGACUGACUAUUGAGCACAAUGACUAGUGUGGCAUUGAAGCAUUAUGUAUGCAGCCUUCGGUGCCACCUACUGGAUCAUGCACUUUAUUACAGAAGAAACCCUCUGGUGGUGAGAAGAGUCAACUGUGAGGCUGGGAGAGAGAAAUGUAGAGUAUCUGCAGAUUUGACCACACAUGUACAGGUUUUUAUUGAAGUAAAUAUAGUAUCUGGUUAAACCCUAAUGUUCUGUUUACUGCUUGGCAUAACUUGGUUUCAUUUUAA